AAAUUUGGAUGUCAUUUAUUAUAGAAAACGUAGAAAAUAUUCUGCUAGUGUUCUGCAUAAUUUCAAAUAUGUAGAAACUUUGGAUUUCUAUAUAUUUAAUUAGAUCGAAAAAAGAGAAAAUAAUGCACUUAUAUAAAUGCGUAUCUUAUUAUUCUCAUAGAUUCCCUUUUUUUAAUAAAGGGAAAAGUAUUAGCAAUACAUUUUUAAAUUAAGUAAUAAAUUAAAGAAAAAGUAGCAGAUUAAAAGAGAGAAACAUCGCUGUAACAAACGAACGUAAUAAAACAUAUGUGAUCUGCGACAAGAGCAUGAAACGUUAGGACAAUGUUCAUGAUUCGAUACAAAUUCGUUGUAGCGUAUGAUUAUAAUAUUUGAAAUAAUUGACUAUUUCUCAUUCCUAAUCACUGUGAUAAUUUAAAUUUCGAAGAUGCCCGUCGUGGACUGUAAAUUAGAUUCAUCUUUAAUAAUGGAUAAUACAAACAAUAAGCAACAUACUCAUAAUGAUAAAGAAAAGGAAAAAGAAAAUCAAAUAAAACAUGAAGACAACAAAAUUGCCAAAAAUACAAAUUCAGAUGUACUGUAUACGACACGUUUGGAUUCUGCAAAUCAAGAAGAUAUUGGAAAAAAGAUUUUGUCAUUGAAACAUAUAUUGGAAAAGGAUUUAAGAGCAGCUGAUUUGAAAUGGUCCUUGUUUGUAGCAGCUUGUAAUACAUAUCGCUAUGACACAUGUUUAAAACCAUUUCCACCAAUGUAUAUAAAAAAUGAGUGCAAGGAUAUUGAAGCUUUGAGAAGAGCUAUAGAACUAAUUCCUCCAUUGGCUGUAAUAUUUGAAGCAUUGUCAGAAUCAGAUGUAUACGAUAGAUAUGGAACUGCUAUAGAACUUUUACAUUGGAUUUUAGUACGACUGAGAGAUCCUUAUAUAAAAAGUAUUAACAAAGAGUCUUAUGAUUCAAUACUGAGGAAAAUCCCUUCAGAGAUGUCAGUAGCUGCACCAAAUUUAAUAUUUCAAGUUGCAAGUGCAAAGCAAUCUACUUCAGAAGAAAAAUGGAAAACAAUUGCUCAAGGACAUUCAACUUUUUAUGCUUAUCAUGGCAGUCGGUUAGAGAAUUUUCAUUCCAUCAUACAUUAUGGUCUACAGCAAACUAUGUGUAAGCGAUCAUUAUUUGGUAAAGGAAUAUAUCUUUCAAGUGAAUUAGGUGUAAGUUUACCAUAUAGUCCUGUAGGGUAUGGAUGGGGAGGUAGUAUGCUAGGAAGUGAAAUGAGUUGCAUAGCUUUAUGCGAACUUAUUAAUCAUGUUGAUGUAAAAACUGGAGAUUCAGAAGAUAAUGCUCGCAGAGCAGUCACAGAUUCUAUGGGUGGACCGGUACCAAAUAAGUAUUAUUUGGUUGCAAAUAGUGAAUUGGUAAGAGUACGUUAUCUUCUUGUUUACAGUCAAGAAGUUCAAACAACAAGGUGUAAUGAUAACAAAGGAUUGUUAGCAUGGUUCAAACAACAUAAAUUAUUAACAUUUGUACUUGGUUACGUAGUAUUAUUGGCUUCAGUCGGUUUGACUCAUAAUAAACAAGUGGAAAAAUAUUAUAAAUUAUUUGUUCAAAAAGUUGGAUGGGAGUAA